AUGGACAUCCAAGACUUGCAGAACAGGGCAUUGUCCCUCCUGGACGAUGCAAACGCACAGUUUCAUAGGAUGCCCGGCUCGGCCAUUCUGAUGCGCUACAUCAAGUCGAGCUACCAGAACGACCCUGUGCGAUCCGCAGUCGAGCUGUUCCUCGUGAUCUUCUUCCUCCGAUAUAUCCUGGCUUCGUCGUACUCAACGCAAAAGCAAACGCAUGUCCCUUUGUCUGAAGAGGAGAUUGACGAAUUGGUUGACGACUGGACGCCAGAGCCUUUGGUCAUGAAGCCGACCGCAUUCGAGGACUUGGAAAAUGAAAAACGGCCCAUUAUUGUUGGUCCUACUGGUCCCAAAUCCAAACUCUCCAACGGUCGAACCGUUACGAACCUCGCCUCGUACAACUUCUAUAACUUCAUUGGAAACGAGACCUUGAAAGAGAAGGCUAUUCAAACUCUGCGAACAUAUGGUGUAGGGCCCUGCGGCCCUCCAGGCUUCUAUGGCACACAGGACGUCCACAUGAAGACUGAGGCGGAUGUUGCAGCACACUUGGGAACCGCGGCAUGCAUUGUAUACGCUCAAUCAUUCUCCACCAUUACCAGUGUCAUUCCGUCUUUCUCGAAGAGAGGCGACAUCAUUGUCGCGGAUAAGGCUGUCAACUAUGCGAUUCGGAAGGGUAUCCAGAUUUCCCGAAGCAUGGUCCGCUGGUACGAACACAAUGAUAUGGAAGAUCUACAGCGCGUCUUGGAAAAAGUCACGAAGGAACAAGCGAAGAAACCCCUGACCAGACGGUUCAUUAUCACAGAAGGCUUGUUUGAGAAUGUUGGAGACUGCGUGGACUUGCCCAAGAUUGUCGAACUCAAGCUGAAACACAAAUUCCGCCUCAUUCUCGACGAAACCUGGUCUUACGGCGUGCUCGGUCGCACAGGCCGUGGCGUGACGGAACUGCAAAACGUCGACUCUACAGAGGUCGACAUGAUCAUCGGCUCGCUAUCUGGACCGCUAUGCGCCGCAGGCGGGUUCUGCGCGAGCACGGCGGAAGUCGUUGAGCACCAGCGUAUCUCAUCCGCUUCCUACACUUAUUCUGCUGCUCUGCCCGCUAUGCUAGCUACGACGGCCAGCGAGACCAUCUCCCUUCUGCAAGAAACACCCGAAAUCAUGGUUCAACUCCGAGAGAACAUCAAAGCCAUGCGGGCACAGCUGGACCCGAGGAGCGAUUGGGUCAAGUGUACCAGCGCGGUCGAAAACCCAGUCAUGUUGCUAGUGCUCAAGCCCGAAGUCGUGGCUUCUAAGGGAUUUAGCUCCCAAGACCAGGAGUCGCUGUUCCAGGACGUCGUUGACGAGUGCAUCGCCAACGGCGUUCUCAUCACAAGACUCAGGAGCAUGCCUCCAGCUGUUGGAGCCGGGCCCCGGGACCAGGGCUGGCAACCACAGCCUGCACUCAAAGUAUGCGUCACCACUGGUCUCUCUAGAAAGGAGACGGAAAAAGCGGGCAUUGUCAUUAGACAUGCCAUUACGAAAAUCAUCACUCGCAGGAAGUGA